AUGGGGUUAUGGCCAUCCACUUUGUACACUAGAUUACAAUACGUGCAGUACUGUACAUACACUUCAACACCCGAGCAAGUGUUCAUGUGUCUAAAAGCGUCAAAAUCUCACCACAUGCAUCAUCAUCUUCAAGUCCCAAGCCAUGUCCGUCCGAGUCCUGGCAUCGGUCCACCCUGGCUAAGAUGGCCCGACGUGGCUAAAUAG